AUGGACACAUCGGCCUUCGAGGCGGCUGAUGAGCGAGGCUCACCAUCGCUGUCAGAGCUUGCUGCAUUCUUCGAUGAGGAUCUUCGACUCCCGGUGAAGGGAGCAGUGGCCAUCGUGAGACAUCUUCUACGUCUCGCGUUGCUAGUGUGGACUCUGGCAGCAUGCGUGGCUCUCUAUUGCUUUGCGCUGGCGUGGUUGUGCCUUUUCUGGGCUCAGACGCGUCUUUUCAAGCACACCUCAACAUUCAUUGACGGCUGCAUGUCAGCGACCACCGUCACUGCUGAGGCCGAGCUCAUCAACGAUCGAAUCGCCGCACCAUCCACGGAGCAUGCUGACGCGCCCGUCGCUCUAGAAACAAGCUCCCAUGAGCAACCUACUGCUAUCAUCAUUCGCUCUGGACUGUCGGCUGAGUUUGAAGAAACUGGCCGUCAGCACAAAUACAAUGCGUCGGCCCAAGUUGCACCAUGCAACGAAGAGACCAACAGCCUCGUCAUUGACGAUGCUGAAACCAUCAUUCGGGCGAUCUUACAGCGCGAGAAGGAGGUGGAGGCAGAGAUCCAGGAGCUAGUAGAUUCUGAACAUCCAACUUCUCUCGGCACCGUUACUCCACCCGCCAGCGAUCUCGAUAUCGAUCGCCUCUCCCAGGUGGUUGAUACUGGUCAUGAGUGUUCAGUCGCCACGACACGUAGUCAGGAUGGUCGGAUCGGUGUCAAAACCAACGAGUACCACAUUGUGGCCGACCAUUCAGCAGGCAAUGAUCAGAAGCAGCCCGAAGACCCCAAUGGGCACGACUUUCAGGACGCAUUCAACUCUGUUCCACGAACUGCGACCUUCAAGAUGACGAAAACCAACAACAAACCCAAGCCGCCGAUGCUUACUUACGCUGAGCAGGUGAAGGAGAAGAAGGCCCGGGAGCAAAGACUGUUCGUUGAGAAGCUCACUGCUAACAGUAUCGUCUCCACGAGUGAGCAUGAUGUCCGAAAUGGUGGCACACAAGCAGAGCACCUGCAGUGGGUGUGGAAAGAACAGGUCGUGCCCUCUCCAGUCAGGAACAAGCGUCUGACAGCCAUCACUAAGACUGUGAGGUCGCAGGCUCCAUCUAUUCCAUCUUCAACCGCUCCGAGAACACACAUGCAUCAUUCACAACAACCUACUAAGCCUAUUGCUUGGAACAACCAGAAUACUUUGACCAGCGGAGCAUCAAAGCAACCCUCGAUUUACCCACCACAUGUAAGAAGCACUCUAGAGGCGAAAGCGAGGCGGGCCGCUGUCAAUCAGCUCACGUACGAGGCGAGUGUCAAGGCCAAGGAGGCAGUACCAACUCACAAUAAUUUCGCUGCUCUUACAGAGGAUACUAUGACUAAGGAUGCACCAGAGUCAACUCGUGUCAAUGGCGAUACGUCAGACCUAGCUCCUCUUGUUAUCAGCGAUGCCGGUAAGGCUCCUAUUCAAGAGCCGCUUACGACUUUGGAGCCUGCUCGGCGGGAGCAGGUUGUUCCUGACGAUACCGCAACAAAUCCGGAACCAGACCAGCCGGAAAACUUGAGCGAAGCAUCAAACGGGCAGCGCCGCGUGUACACCGCUGAGGCAUUGAAGGCCGCCAACAUUCCAACGAUCACGGCGCACGUGAACGGCAUUGCUGAAAAGAUUGAGGCAGCAGUGGAACUCGUGGCCACUCACACGCGCUCUGGAACAGCUUCGAUAUCUCCCAAGAAGAAGAAGUACCGUACCGCUGCGAAGUCAGCUUCGAGGUGGGACAAUUUCGACGGUGAAAAGGAGCAUCCGCCAGCAAGCGACCGCAAUAUACAGGAUUUGCAAAAGGGAAACGUUGCCGUCACUGUCCCCCAAGCUCGGCUUCAUGGAGCUCCACCCGGGCUGCAAGACCGCCACGAUAGCACAAUUUCAGCCACAUUCGAUGCACAUCUUGUUGAUGCGGCUGACGAAGCCGUUGACAGGCCGGCAUUAGAUGUCAGAGAUGAAGACCAGAUACCAGCGCAUUUCUCCUCCAAUAUUGAUCUUGUUGGGUUGGAGUUCCUCCAGACACAAGCCUCUUCACACACGCCAGCCCCGAAGAUCAAUUUGCCCGGGCCUUCUCGCUCUCUGCCUAUUACCCCUGGACCACUCUCGUUCUUCGCGCCAWCCGUCGCUGCGAAAGAGAGUUCGGCAGCAAAGCCACCCGCCAGCUCUGAAUGGAGAUCUUAUCAGGAGUCCAGUGCAUUCGAUCCGUUCGCACCUGGACCGUUUCAGAACAGUUACGAUCAGGCUCCGCAGCAAUUCCAGCAACCGCAGUUUCAGUGGACAGAGCCUGAUGCUCKCACGAGCUAUGACAAUCUCUACAUGGCUAAGCAGAUCGCUCCACAGGUGACUCCACAAAUCCAUCGCCACGAAUCAAUGGGGAACUCCCCACGCAACGAUACUGAGACCUUCAGCAACCGCCGACAGUCGCUGGCAGUGCCGAUCCGCCAGCCAUCAUUUGACGUGUCGUCGGAAGAAGUUUUCUCUACCCUUGAUGCAUCUAACCCGGUGAAGAAUAAGAUCCCCCUGGGAGGGCCGCCUGGCCUAGGCGUGGCACGCUCCAACAACCGUGCCGCAUUUGAUGCUCUACUUCCUGCUGUCGAAUCACCCCCAGAGCGCACCCUCAACCUCGGAAAGUUCAUCAGCACAGCUACCACAUCUUCGGCGAUCCUAGACAAGUCGUACGGCCCUGCCUUGGGCGAGGCGGAGCCUGUUGUCACAGCUGUUCGAGCUCAACAAAUCCCACAGGCCGCUGCUCAGAACGAGCCACUGACAACGACCCAGUCGACACAUGUGGGAUACGAUGCCACAUUCCCCGAGCUACCGAAAGUAAUCGCCCCGGAUCCGCAAGUCGCUGCCGAGUCUGGUGAGAAGAAUGCGAAGAGAGAGAACAAGAAGCUGGCCCGGGCAUGUCUGAAGUCUGCCUGGGCUGAACGCGAGAUUGCCCGCCGGAAACUUGGUUCUUUCUCGCUCGAAGGUGCAAACAAUCUCAAGCAAAAGACUAUUCUUUAUCUGGAGAAGCGCUCUGUACUGCAGUCCCUCAUGAGUUCCGGCAUUCUGAACCAGGAGGAUGCGAGGCUGUUCMCAGAAUUGGGUUUGAUGGAUAUGAGUCAACCCAAGGUAUUCGCAUUGAGUGCCGAAGAAUGGCGAUCCAGGAAGCGCGAGGCCAAGACUACUGUUGCCGAAGUCGUCAACGCUGCUCCUGUUGCGGUCCAAGAGCAGUUCGACGAAACCGACUCCAUCAUCAAGGAUCUGAUCAUCGCACAACGCCACAGAGAGCAAUCGAAGGAUCGACUUAAAAUGCCMCGUCCACAGGGCAAUAUGACACACAGUACAUGGAUUGAUACGUGCACUGCGACGUGUGCGAGAGCGGACAAGCUGUACUGCCGUAAGCGUAAGAUUCUUGUGGAUGCAUACCCUCAGGGAUUGCCCACGGAGCUCGAAUUGAGGUUUCCGGACAUCUCGUUGAGAUGA